AUGUCACAUAAUUCGCAGAUUCCUGGAAAAAAAAUAUUAGUUUGUCUUGUGAAUCGCAAGAUAUUUGAAUGGAGUUUGAUAUGGCCCGCCGAGGGAACGGAACUACGUCCAGGAUUUGAGUUCAAACUUAAACUUGCGUUAUGCUGCAUUUUAAUUGCCUUUACAAUAAUACCAUCUGGAAUUGUUUUAUUUUUUAUGAUAAAAGAUCACGAUAUAAAUGCAACUAUUACUGCUAUUCUAGCCACAGACACCAUAUUUUACAUGUUAUUCUUAUUUAUACGUAAACAACAUGACAUCGCAAUUAUCCUCAGCAGUUUAUCAGAUUUCACAAAGUUUGGCAAACCACCUGGUUUUGAUAGACUUGACAAAAUAUUAAAUAUUUUUACCAAAGUACUCACCGCUUACGAACUGAGUGCUAUGAUUGUCUACAAAUAUAUAAUAAUAAUUAAGAACGCAGUAUGCAAGAGAAUUCAGGUUGAAGGAGAUUUAAAAGGAUACCAAUGCGGAUUAGGGACUCCUAAGUGGAUUCCUGUUGACAUACAUUUUUUUCCAGUCUAUGAAUUAUUCAUUAUUUAUGAUUUCAUCUGUAGUUUCAUAUUUAUUAAAAUGUGCACUCAGAUAGCCUUCCAUGUACUGGAAAUAACUCUUCACACUGCUCUAAGAAUCGAACAUUUGAAGUCUAUGGUAAUAAAAUGCUUCGAUUCCCAAAACUACAACGUGGUUUUUGCUAACUUGAGAAAAUGUAUAUCUUACCACAUCGAGAUACUGAAUUUAGUCGCCAAAAUCGAUUGUACCUUUUCCAGUAUUAUGUUGGUACAUUUCUUGUUGACUGGUUCAGUUUGUGCGUUUAUAGAAAGCGCAAUUGCAGAAAGGCGACAGGUGGUAAUGCACUGUUGUCAGUUUGUAUUGUGGAUUUCAGCUUUAUACUUUGUGUGCUUAGGAGGACAACGUAUCAUGGAUGCUACUGGGUCUGUCGCCGAUGCUUUAUGGGCUUCUGAAUGGUACAAGAGCGACGUAAGUCGUCAAAAAACCCUACUUUUUAUGUUGCAAAGGUCUCAAAAAUCCAAAUGUCUGACAGCCGGACCCUUUGGAGUUCUCCAAUACCCAUUAUUUGUUUCGAUAAUUAAAGCAUCGUACUCUAUUUUAUGCGUUUUAAGGUCUUGAAUAUUAAAAUCAACAUAUAUUAUUUAGGACAUAACUCGAU